CCUAAACUUAUCUAUUCGAAUUGACACAAAUUUAUUUGUCAAAAUACCGUAUAAACAUAAUUGCCUUUAUCUCCAUUGUUUCUCUUAUUUUUCUCCUGUCUACCCCGGUUUGUUUUGUCUUUUUUACUAAAGAAAUAUCUUCCAAAAGGUCAUCUGUAUGCAUCUGUCUGCAUCAAAUAUAACACGAACAAAUGAAGAUUCGAUAAACAAUACAAUAGUGUUACAAGUGCAGCUGAACAAACAAGAACAAAUGAAUAGCUCGAAUCUCGUAAAAUGCGAACCUCAUAGUGAUAAUAGUGAUAAUUAAUCACAUUGUAUAUUUUAUGGUACAAUGAGUGAGGAGUCGCAAAAUGGUGGCAGCAAAAAGAGUCCAUCAUUGGCUGCACUUAAUGAGGCAGGCUUGCAAGGAGAGGAAUGCGGGGCACAAGUCGAUGCCUCCACUUACACCUCACACACAAAUAUUGCACAGGUGACAGCAAGCUCUGCUCCCACAGAUAGUAGUAAUAAAUGGAAGUGUGACAUGUGUACAUAUGAGAAUUUUCCACUUUCUCGUAAGUGCACCAUGUGUCGCAGCUUGAAACCUUCCCUCGGAGAGGACAUCUUUAAGUUACAAGAUGGAGCUAGUGCUCUUCCCGUGCAAGAUAUUUGUGGAGCAGAUGCGAUUGCAGAGAGACUUAAACCUUUAAGGAUAUCAUCUCCUCAGGGGCAGGCCGGCGCAUCGUCCGUGGCGAAGUGGUCGUGUGCGACGUGUACGUACGAGAAUUGGCCGCGGGCGCUUAAGUGCGCCAUGUGCGGCGCCACCACCACGCACUCCACCGGUAUCAACGACAUCUGCAACUCCCAGAACGCUGCGCCGCACGACUCGGAGUCGGGCGGGCGGCGCUCCAAGCGGCGCAACACCGACUGGGUGUGGCUGCAGGCCUGCCUGGGUGUGGUGGAGGGCGACGCGCGCUGCGUGCAGGCCUACCUGGCGGCCGGCGGCGACCCGGCGCGCGCGCUCACGGCGCACGAGGUGGCGCUGCUGGACCGCGCCUCCGCCUUCGACGCCGGACACACGCUCGUGCACCUCGCCAUUCGGUUUCAAAGGCAAGAAAUAUUAUCGACUCUACUCUCGCGGAUAUCGGGAGGCGGGCCCGGGUUGAAGAGGUCGCCCUCGUACGUCGCGCCCGACCUCGCUACUGCGAUCCGACGUCACAUCGCCAAUUGUAUCCGUCACAAGAAAGGCAGCUUUCCGUGCCGGUACAUCAACGAGUUUUGCACAUUCUCUCUGCCGGCGGAGAUCGAGGAGCUGCCGGCCGCCAUCCAGGAGCAGCUGUUCUCGGAGCUGCUGGACCGCGACGCGCAGCACACGCUGGAGGAGCCGCCGCUCAUCAACUGGAGCCUGCACCUCACCGUGACGCUGGGCUCGCGCCUGUACGCGCUGUGGAACCGCUCGGCCGGCGACUGCCUGCCCGACGCCGUGUGCCAGGCCGCCUACGGCGUGUUCGACCGCGCCAACGUGCUGCGCGCCGCGCUGGCCGACUCGCUGCACCACGCGCAGCGCGGCUUCUACGCGCGCUGGACGGCCUGGGAGCGCCUGCAGGCGGCGCAGCUGCACUACCAGCCCGAGGAGGCGCAGCUGCGCGCCGAGUGGGCGCGCCUCGUGGCCGCCGCCGCGCGCCCCGGCACGGCGCUGCACCAGCUGCACGUGUUCGCGCUGGCGCACGUGAUGCGGCGGCCGAUCUUCGUGUACGGGGUCGACGUGGUCAACUCGUUCCGCGGGGAGGCGCUCGGAUACGCGCGGUUUCAGGGUAUCUACCUGCCGCUGCUGUGGGAGCCGGAGUUCUGCUCCAAGUCGCCGCUGUGCCUGGGCUACACGCGCGGACACUUCUCCGCCCUGGUGCCCGUGGAGCCCUACUCGCAGCGACACGACUACAUCUGCCGGGAGCAGCAAGAAGACAGCGAGGAGACCACGUACCUGCCCCUGACCGACUCCGAAGGAAAACUACUACCCGUACAUUUCCUCACCUGCGACGAGGUGUCGGAGGAGGAGGCGCUGGUGCGGCGCUGGGUGCGCGCGCGCGCCAGCGGCGGCGCGCUGGCGGCCGCGCAGACGCUGCACGCGCGCCCGCUGCUGCAGGCGCAGAUGCUGGAGGAGUGGCUCAACCACUACCGCCGCCUCGCGUAAGCGCCGCCCGCGCGCUCGCGGCGGCUCGGUCUCCGGUCUCUAGUGCGCGAAUCGAUAGAUGCGUUCGGACUCGUUCGUUCCGGUGGGUGCACAUUGUUUCGAUUUAAUAUUUCCUCCUCGACGGCACUUAUUGCGAUGCGAUGUACAUAGUUAGACGGCAAUGUUCGCUUCGGUUCGUUACGACCGUUACGGCGGCGGAACGUUGGAACGUAGGAACGGUAAAAUCUCUAUAAUAUGUGAUAAUUGCUCAUUUUUUUCUAUGAAAUGUAGAAGAAAGGAGCGUCGAUGACUUCGCUUAGUGUGCCGCUAGAAUUACACGACGUAUUAGUAUGCGAUUAAAAUUGGACCAUAAGUAUAUAACCAUGAGGUUUUGUUUAGCUUGCUAACGAGUAACACGGUUAUUAAAACGCUAUAAUAACGAAAUAUAACAAUUAUUUUUAUUCUUAAUUCUAGAAUAAUAUAGUCUCCACAAAAUUAAAGAGUACUCAAAUAAAUUAUUUAAUGUUAUUCUAAACGAUCUAUUCUGUCGCUUUAUAACUAUAACAUCGUAUAAUUCAUUAUAUCGAUUAUUAUUUCCUUAAAGACUAAAAUGUAUUCGAAAACUUACAUUGUGAUACUGCUAUUAACAUGAGCGUAGCCAGGUAGAGGCAGUGCACAGCGGUAGGCGCAGGUUUUUUGAACCAAAAAAGAUAAAGUAUUCAAUUCAAUAUUUCAAUCAAAAUUAAUUGCUUGAGAGAAGAAUGAGAGAAAGAUAAGAAAGUAUCGCGAGAAGGACCGUUGACAUAACACGCCGGUCUCUUAGUUAUUUUCAAUUGACAUUUGUUAUAUUAUAAAAAUGCAAUUAAUACAUGCACGUUACAUUCAAACACCAAAUUCUACGUGGAUUUAUCCGGCUUCAAACAUGAACUCUAUAUUUCCGUAUAAAAUGCAAUGCAUUUUAAUUAUUUCAGUUAAGGGACGCGCCAGUCAUAUUUACGUUUUGUAAUAAAAAUAUUAAAUUAUACAAUUUAAACAAUUAAAAAGGUACAAUGGUUGGAACGCCGUUUCAUUACCCUUACAUUUAGAAUAUCGUCCUCGUCUGGAUUUACAGCGUAGUCUCGGGUGUUCACCGUUUACCGUUUAAAUCAAUUUUCAAACAAAAUAUUUAAUCUACUAGAACACUUUGCAACUUAUUCCUUAAAUAUAUCGUAUCUAAUAAUAUUAACAACACUGAGUAUAAAAGUUGUGCAGUUGAUAUUAAAUGAGUACAGAUAACGAAUAACAUAAUCUGAGCGUCGUACAGAGAACACGCAAGAAACGAGAGAACACUGUCACGUGACACAUUUAUUUCUUCCAUAGUCUGUGGUUGCAGAGUGAGUACUUAAAAAAUAAGGAGAGUACAGCUAAAGAGAAGUAUCAUUUACUUUCCCUUAACUCUACACGACACUUCCGUAAAAAGCGUCCCUGAAAAGACAUUUAGCUGGCGCUACUGAGGCUAAUACUCGGAAUAAUUUACGGUAACCUAAAUUUUAAGCUACAAUAGCGCCAUUGUGGCAAUUUAUGAAACCCUUCAUAGACAAGACAUACUUCUCCUUAUCUCUACACCCCACAUCUUAAAAUAUAACAGUCAAUAGGCAUAACAGAACGUUGUCAUGUUAAACUUCUUUAAAAUCCUAAAUUAAAUUCUACUUGGUUUUUUUUUAAAUUAGAAUGACAAGGAACGUAAGUAGAAGAUGAUGAAUUUUUGUUUUCUUCUAGCGAAGAGUAAAUUAAGGGGAAGCAGAGUCUAUUAAAGUAAAUAUUUUACGAUAUUGUACAGAGAGUAUAAGGUUCUAAUAUUUAUUGUAUUUUCGGUUAUGUAAAUAUAUGAAAAUCGGUUUGUGUAUAUUGACUCUAUAGUUAGCUAUAUACUACAUAUUGUCUCGCUACUUAGUGCAAAGGCGUCGCCUUCGAGAGUGAAUAAUAAAGUAUGAACAAUUAUGGAUUUGUGGUUUCCAAAAAUUAGACAUAUGUGAUGAAGAAUGAUCCUGCAACCAAAGCAACGGGGAAAAUGAAUAAAUCUGCUUCUCUUAUUUAUUUUAUUACUCCUACACUUUCAAUUUACCACAAAAUCUACCUUUAAAUGUAAAUUAUUCACUUGCAGGUAUGAAAUAUUAAUAAUUUUAAAAUAAAUAAAACCAAAUAAACAUAUUUAUUUAAAACUAAUUUCAGUCAUCACAUGUGUCUACUGUUUUGCCAAAUUAAUUUUAAUGGAUUGAAAUAGUCAAGUGGAUGCUUCGUUCAUUGCAUAGGAUUUACUUUUUACAAUUAAGUAAAUACACUUAAAUUAACAAGAUAUAGAAAAUAAUGAUCAUAGUCGUUAAUAUUUUCCUAUUUCAUAGGUUUUGUUUUUUUUUUUGUCCAAAAUUGUAAAUAGGUUUGUGGGUGAUUUGAUUUCCUAGAAAUACAGCAGGAUUAUUUUUUUCUUAAAAAAACACGUACAAUUUA